AUGAUUUAAAUUUUCAUUCUCUUCCAACAUUAUAUUAAUUUUAUCUAACCAAACUCUUUCACUAACUUGUAUUCUCUCUAAUUAUAAACAUUUUAACAAAAAUUUUUAUGCUAAUUAUACAAAUUGAUUGAGACUCAAUUAAUUACUAAUUAAUAAUCGAAUUCUAUUCAAAUUUCAAUUUUUUCUCUUUCAUUGAGUAUUUAUUACAAUUCCAAAAUUUACAAAAAUUGUUGGUAAUUUAUUUUUUUAUAUUGCUUUUCAGUUUAUUAGAAUGAUUUUAUUUCUCUUUANACAAUAAGAGUAAAUUUGGAACCUUAGUUUCAAUUAAUAAAAUCUGUUAUCUUGAUUGUAUUUCUUGCACUCUUCAAAUUGGCAAAUUAUUAAUCAAUCUUAUUCAAACAGAUUAUAUUCAUAAAGGUAUAUAAAUCAUCUCUCAUUUAAGGAGCACCAUCAACUCAACACAAAUUGA